UUGAACACCAGCCACAGGAACCACUAAGUCCACAGGGGCUAAACAGCUGCUAGCCAGCUAACAAGCUAGUUAGCUGACAGAGGUAACGGGUAAAUAAAACGGCUGGCUCACUUAAAGGACAUGGCUGGAGUUCUUUUAUUCCACUCUAUUACAUCGUUAAUCUUCUUAUUAGUUGCCGCGAUGCGCUGUUUUGCUGUUUGAGUUUGACAACAGCCACAAGUUGUACAGCGUGCAGCGGUCAGCCAGUGAUGCCAAGCUAACGUUGGAUAAGUCCGUGACGUUAAACUGCUUAAAGGGUGAACGGCAACCUUUUUGACAGAGAAGCUGGUGCUGCAGGCCAAUGUCCCAUCAUCAACCAGCUAACCUGACCACCGGGUCCACAACUCACCGAUGCACACCUGCUGCCUCCUGUGCCACCGAGAGUUUAAGGACUGGGGAGCGGGCUCUGCGAACGGACUCCCCGGCGGCCACGGCACCAAGCUGGCCGACGCCGUGCCCGCGCUCUCCCAGGCCUUAUUGCGGGAGGCGCCGGGGCGUAAACUGGCCGAUGCAGUGCCCUCGCUAUCGCAGUCUCUGCUGGGAGAGGUGCCUCUGUGGAUAUGUCAGAGCUGCUGCAAGAGUGUGGAAGAGGAGGAGAGGCGGAGCACCCAGGAGCAACCCACGCCGGUACUAUUGUCACACUCUUCCUCCUGUAAGUCUCAAAGCUGUGGGAACGGUUACCCGGAGCAAAGUACUGUGGAUUGGGACCCGAGUUCCUUCCUGUCAGCCCACAAGCUGUCGGGUCUCUGGAACUCUGCCCACACCAACGGAGGGGAACACUGCAGCCACAACACUUCUUCACACACACAACAAGGUAUAACGGCAGGAUCCGCCUGUCACGAGAAGAGAGGACUUCAUGAAGCGCCUGGGAAAUCUGCAAAAACGUCGGGCACGAAGGUCUGUCCCUACAGUCACCCCUCGGCCCAGAGUUCCAGUGGAUCUUCAUCUGGGAGCCCCAUGUCUACCUCAGCAGACCUUUGUAAGAGCACUCCCAAGCACUUCAAGACCAUGUGCCGCCGACCAACGCCGCCAGGUGAAGCCUUUCACCCCAGUGACCACCAUCAACACACAGACUUGUCGGUACCCCCAAACAGUCCCACUGGCCUGUCUUCUCCGCAUUCCUCCCUGCUGCCCCCAAAGCUGAACUCCGGUCAGCACAGCCACGUAACGUCCUCGUCCGGGGCGGCGGCGGUGGCCCACGCUCCCUUCUCCCCGCUGGUGCCGAACCUCCACACUCCCACAGCCAAGCUCAGCUCUUCCAGUCCCGACAGCCCGUCGUCUGUCCAUAAGCCCGGCCCGUGCAAAAACUCCCACAUUCCCGCCGUGAACACACAACACAGCAAACUGGGCACGUCCAUCAUGGGCUGUAACCACCCUUGCAAUGGACACGGCGUGGGGACGGUGGCCGCUUCAAAUGUGGGCCAUCUGACGGCCGGGGCCUGCAGGGACCAAGCAUGUAAGGGGCACAAGAUGACGAAUGGGACGUUGUGUCACCCUCCGUCUGAGCUGGAGGAGGGGGAGGAUGAAGACAGCAGCUCUGAGAGGAGCUCCUGUGCGUCUUCUUCCACCAACCAGAAGGACGGGAAGUACUGCGACUGCUGCUACUGCGAGUUCUUCGGACACAACGCGCCUCCAGCUGCACCGACCAGCCGCAACUACGCCGAGAUCAGAGAGAAGCUUCGCUCGCGUCUGACCCGCCGCAAAGACGAGCUCCCUCCGCGUCAAGACUCCGAGCUGACGGCGUCUGGUGCCAUCGACAACCGGGACGUAAAUGAGCUGCUGGACUUUAUUAAUAGUUCUGAACCCAAACCUGUCAACAGUGCCAAGGCUGCCAAACGAGCCCGGCACAAGCAGAAAAAGAAGGAAAAAGCUCAGCAGGACGUAGGUGCUGCAGGCAGUGACCCCCACUCCGACUCAUGCGAGCCUGUCGACGACGACGAGCCCAUUGCCGACGGUUCAGAAGCCAGUCGGUUGCUCGACUGGCCCCAGCUGGAGCUGGAGCGCGUCAACAGUUUCCUCACCAGUCGGCUCGAAGAGAUUAAGAACACCAUAAAAGACUCGAUCCGGGCCUCGUUUAGCAUGUACGAUCUCAAUCUGGAUGUUAAUGACUUCCCAAAGAAGGCAGCCACGUUGGAGGGCAACCAUUUACUGUCGCAUCUCAAUGGUUCCUCUGACCUGCAGCAGAUAGACCUUGACUUGGCCCCCCUUUCGCUGGGAACCUUUAAGAGCCACCUGGACCUGGUUAAUGGCUGGGAGGACACACCCGCAGUGCCCUCCCCUAACCCCGCCCCCACGUCUACAGCGUCUGGGGUAGGUGCCGGGCCCAAGGACAUCCAGCGGUUGCACACCACCCCCAGUCUCUCAAAGCUCAUACGGGUUCGGUCCCCAGAAAGAUGCACUUCAUCCGGAUCUGACAGUUUGCCACAGGUGCCAGCUCAAGCAACGGCGAAAUCAAAUGAGGAUGCGCCGGAUCCCAAGAACACACCAGUUGGGAACAGUGGUGCAAAGUCAAAGAAGAAUAAAAAGCAGCAGCAAAGGCAGGAGCAAACUGUGCCGGAGCAAAAUUCCAACAAACCAACCAAAGCUGCCUCUGGGAAUGACCCACAGAAAAGCACUGAGUGUAAAGAAGCGUCUUCUAGCGGCUCAAAAGCUGGGAACAAACCGCCCCAGCACUCUGCAGACAACCAGAGGAACGGGCCCAAGAAAGCCGAGGACAACCGGUUGUCUAAACAUACAGCAAACGGAGGCCUCUCGAACGCACAGAGGGGGAAAGGUGAUGCAGAGAGACGAGGAGGUCGGUCCGAGCAGGAUUUGGAAGGCAAAGCUCACGGCGCCGUCCCAGCGAAUGGGCAGCAGCAGGCUAAGGGAAAGAAUAAGAAGAACAAGAACAAGGGUGAAAAAUCUGGCAGUGCUAUCGAUGAUGUUUUUCUCCCCAAAGAUGUUGAUCCAACAGAAAUGGAUGAGAUUGAUCGGGAGGUGGAAUACUUCAAAAGGUUUUGCCUUGAUUCUGCAAAACAAACCCGCCAGAAGGUAGCAGUGAAUUGGUCCAACUUCAGCCUCAAAAAGGUUCCUUCCAAUGGAGCUCAAUAACUUGGACGAGUGCCAGAAAAAUACUUCACAACUACAAACUCUUUCAGUAGAGCCUCAUUUGCCCUGAAGCCUUCUCUCAUUCCCUGUUUUUCUCUCUUCCUGACAAAGCCAAGGGACCCUGGUUAAAAUCAUAUUUUCCAUUUCAGAGGACUGAAACAUGACUUGUGGCUGACAAGCCAGGGAUCAUUCUCAAGGCCAACUGUACCGUUUGCUAUUACUGCAAUGUUCACACAAUGAGAGAUGCAAAAAUGGAAAAAGAGGCUGUUGAAUCCACUGCAUCCAUGUGCUUACGUAUGUAGUAUGUAAACAAUUACCUUAAAAUGAAAUAAAUGUUUUUAUCACAAAUCUGAGACAUUUUAACGUUGUUAAAACUCUGAAUUGAAUUCCAAUCAGUUCAAAUUGGUGCUCGUUGUAUAUUACGUUCAGCAUCGCAAGCUUCAAGCGCACUACACCAGUCGGAGUAGACAUUGGAGACCAUUUGUCUUUUAUUGUACCACUGAAAGCAGCCCAAGACAACAGUUUGACGUAAUGAAUAGGGACGAUGGCAACAAUCGCAUUGAUUUGACUUAAUGACAGACUGCACUGCAUUCAGUGCUCUCUCUCAAUAUUUAAUUAUGAUCAGUUGUCCUAAAUGAGAUGAGAAUCGGUUACCCACCUUCUACACUUAUUGUUUUGUAUGAAAUUAUUAUUUUUUUAAACAAUGCUAAUAGAACAUUACGAGAUCCUGCCUCGUAAGAUUCCCUUUAAAAACUAUAAAUAUUAAAGUAACAAUUAAAUACAUCCCCACAUAAUGUGUACAACAGACUACUUUCAAAGCUAAACACGUUAGCAGAUUUCUUUGCUGUCAAUCCUCCGGCGUUAAUCUUAUAUCGAUAUCCGAUAUACAUUUGGCCAUCUGUAGAAAAAAGUUGUUUACCAUGGGUUUCUCACGCUUGCUGUCCAAUGACCCUCUAGAUCCCAGCAGCAGCUGGUCCAGUGUGUGUGUCGCCGCAGUAGAUUUCAAUGCUUGUACAUAUU